CGCCGGGUGGCGGUGUCUGGAAAGGCAGGAAUUGGGAGUGGGGAAGGAGUGGUCUUCUUUUGGGGCUCCAGCGAGGCGGGACGUGAGGAGAGGGCUUCCUGGCGGACAGGGUCGGCCGGCGUUUGCACCAAGAGCCCCGAAGCCAAGAUGGACGGCCACGCCGCCGAGCUCCUGGCCCGCCGAGCCCACAAGAAGCUGUGCGCGUCGGGCGGCUGCCUGGCUAAGAAAAAACUCUGCCGGCAACUAGCCCUGCAGGACACAUCGGAGCUGCUGGCCUCGAUAUUGCAGGACGCGGGGAUGUUCGCCUUGGCGACCCGAGAGGAGGAGGCCGGGAGCGGAGAGCACCGGGUCGUGGUGGCCGCCACCGGGGCGCGGCUGUGCCCGGAGCACGGCAAGGGAAAGUGCGAGGGCUCGUGCCGGCAGCUGCAUCUCUGCCGCUUCUUCGUGUACGGCGAGUGCCGCCAUGAGGGCACGCGAAAACAAUGCAAGUUCAUCCAUGACCUUCAUUCACCUCACAACCUCUCAGUCCUAAGAGAGCAUGGACUGGAAAGCUUAAACUCUGAUGAGUUACGUCAACUGCUGCUUCAGAAUGAUCCUUCACUCCUGCCUGAGAUAUGUACGUAUUAUAAUAAAGGGGAAGGACCCUAUGGGUCUUGUAACUUUAAGAAGAUCUGCAUCAAACUGCACAUAUGCCAAUACUACCUCCAGGGAGAAUGCAGAUUUGGAAGCAAUUGCAGGCGCUCACAUGACAUUUUUAAUCCAGACUGUUAUGAGAAACUGGAGAAGCGGGGAAUGGGCCGAGCUCUGAUUGGUAGAAUUACCAUGAUCUAUAGGAACAUAUAUGACAUCAAAAGUAACACAACAUCACCAUCCAAAGAAAGAAGAGAGAGCAGUGGUCAGGUACCAGCAAACACAAACAUCAGCGAAGAAUCGGAUGUGAUUUGCUUAUACCACAUUAGGAAAAGUUGUAGCUUUCAAGAUAAAUGUAUUAGAGUUCACUUUCAUUUGCCAUAUAAAUGGCAAGUCUUUGACGGUCCCCUGUGGAGAGAUCUGAAGCAUAUGGAGAAAAUUGAACAAGCCUACUGUGACCCGUUUAAUGAAAGCACUUCCUACAAACAUUGUGCAGGCAUCGAUUUCUCCAAAAUGACUUGCGGCUCUGCCAAACUUAGACGCCUCUCUACGGCAUCCUCUGUGACCAAACCCCCUCACUACAUUCUCACAACCGAUUGGAUCUGGUAUUGGAAAGACGAAUGUAAUGUGUGGAAUGAAUAUGGAAUACCAGAUGCCGACCACGCCACUGCAACAGUGUCCAGCCUUGACUUGGAGAAGGUAUACCAGUCUGAAACAUCUCCAACGCUCAAGUUCUCAGCUGGGAAACAUGAGUAUGAGAUUGAUUUCAAAGCCAUGAAACAGAAAAACUUGCAGUACGGGACAGAACGAAGCAUUCGUAGGCGACCUAAGUAUGUGUCUCCAAAAGAAGUAGAGAAGAAGAAGACUAGUGGGGCCGAGCAGUCGAAGGGAGGCGCUUCGCACAUUCCAGCGCACUGGGACCAGUCACAGUUACCAGAACUGGGACAUGCGUUGAUCACCCUUCUCCCAGCUUCCAAUGAGUACAGGAAAGUCCAGGUUAGCUUUCAGCGCACGAUGCCCAAAGCAACAAUUAUGGUGAUCCAGAGGAUCCAGAAUUUGGCUCUCUGGGAAGUCUAUCAGUGGCAGAAGGAACAAAUGAAGAAAGCCAAUGAGGGAAAGGAUGUCGAUGAAAGGCCGUUAUUUCACGGGACAAGCCAAAACCACGUUGAUGCUAUCUGCCAGCAGAACUUUGACUGGAGGAUCUGCGGUGUACAUGGUACAGCCUACGGCAAAGGAAGUUACUUUGCAAGAGAUGCUUCAUACUCUGAUAACUACAGCAGAAGCGAUUCUGACCUCAAGAUCAUGUUUUUGGCCAAAGUCUUGGUGGGAGAGUUUACCAACGGUGUCUCUUCCUAUCUCCGUCCUCCUGCCAAAGAUAGCCAGAACACCGUUUUCUAUAAUAGUUGCGUGAACAGCCUCCACAAUCCGUCCAUCUUCGUCAUUUUUGAGAAGCACCAGAUUUACCCUGAAUACCUGAUAAAAUACAGGAAUUAGGUGGAACCUACCAUUGUUUAUCUCUCUGCCAUGUAGGCUACCUUCCAGAAGACUAAAUUAAGAGUCUUUAUAAUACGGCUUCUGUGCUUCACCAAACGAUUUUUUAAAACUUUGGGAUAACCCAAUUAAUUGGUCAACAUUUUUUU